CCCUUCCGGGAGGGCCGGGCCUCCGCGCCAUGCCCACGCCGGGAGCCGGCGGCGUGAAGGGAGGCGGCGCCCGCCGGUGCCGCUGGGCCGGGGCUGCGCGGACGAGCCGCUGCUUCAGCCUCCCGCGGGUAGCGCUUUCUGGCUGAAAUCGGCGGCGCAGGUGGCGUGAGGGCGGACGGCCCAUUGCUGGUGGGCACCGGAGCGGAGUGAGGCCCGCCCGGCCCGAGGGGGAUGCGCGGCUAGCCCGCGCUCGCAGCCAGCUCAGCCCAGCCCCGGUGGUGGUCGCGGAGCUGGCGUCGGGAGGCCACAAGAUGUUCAGCUGGCUGGGCACCGACGACCGUCGGCGGAAGGACCCGGAGGUGUUCCAAACGGUCAGCGAUGGCCUGAAGAAGCUUUACAAGACCAAGCUGCUGCCGCUGGAAGAACACUACAAGUUCCACGAGUUCCACUCGCCCGCCCUGGAGGAUGCCGACUUCGACAACAAGCCCAUGGUGCUGCUCGUGGGGCAGUACUCCACUGGGAAGACCACCUUCAUCAGGUACCUGCUGGAGCAGGAUUUCCCAGGGAUGAGGAUUGGACCAGAGCCUACAACUGACUCCUUUAUAGCAGUUAUGCAAGGAGACGUGGAAGGAAUCGUUCCUGGGAACGCGUUGGUGGUGGAUCCCAAAAAACCCUUCAGGAAACUCAACGCCUUUGGCAAUGCCUUUUUGAACAGGUUUGUCUGUGCCCAGCUACCUAACCCUGUAUUAGAGAGCAUCAGUGUCAUUGAUACUCCAGGAAUCCUUUCUGGAGAAAAGCAGAGAAUUAGCAGAGGUUAUGACUUUGCUGCUGUACUGGAGUGGUUCGCCGAGCGGGUCGACCGCAUCAUUCUCCUCUUUGAUGCUCACAAGCUGGACAUCUCUGAUGAAUUCUCUGAGGUCAUCAAGGCCCUGAAGAACCACGAGGACAAGAUGAGAGUUGUACUCAACAAGGCCGACCAGAUAGAGACUCAGCAGCUGAUGCGGGUGUACGGUGCCCUCAUGUGGUCCCUGGGGAAGAUCGUCAACACUCCCGAGGUCAUCCGAGUCUACAUCGGCUCCUUCUGGUCCCACCCCCUGCUCAUCCCCGACAACCGCAAGCUGUUUGAGGCGGAGGAGCAGGACCUGUUCAGGGACAUCCAGAGCCUGCCCCGCAACGCUGCCCUCAGGAAGCUCAACGAUCUCAUCAAGCGAGCGCGCCUGGCCAAGGUCCAUGCCUACAUCAUCAGUUCCCUAAAGAAGGAAAUGCCCUCAAUGUUUGGCAAAGACAAUAAAAAGAAGGAGCUUGUUAACAACUUGGGAGAUAUUUAUGCCCGUAUUGAACGGGAGCAUCAGAUCUCACCAGGAGACUUCCCUAACCUGAGGAAGAUGCAGGAUCAGCUGCAAGCGCAGGAUUUUAGCAAGUUCCAGCCGCUGAAGAGCAAGCUGCUGGAGACGGUGGAAGACAUGCUGGCCAACGACAUCGCGCAGCUGAUGGUGCUGGUGCGCCAGGAGGAGUCCCAGCGGCCCACGCAGAUGGUGAAGGGAGGAGCCUUCGAGGGCACCCUGCACGGCCCCUUCGGCCACGGCUACGGCGAGGGCGCCGGCGAGGGCAUCGACGACGCCGAGUGGGUGGUGGCCAGGGACAAGCCCAUGUACGACGAGAUCUUCUACACGCUCUCGCCCGUCGACGGCAAAAUAACUGGUGCCAACGCCAAGAAGGAGAUGGUAAGGUCCAAGCUGCCCAACACCGUGCUGGGCAAGAUCUGGAAACUGGCUGACAUCGACAAAGAUGGCAUGCUGGAUGAUGAGGAGUUUGCCUUGGCGAAUCAUCUCAUUAAAGUCAAGUUGGAGGGUCAUGAGCUGCCAAAUGAGCUCCCUUCCCAUCUCCUCCCUCCGUCCAAGAGGAAAAUAACAGAGUGAAAGAAAGGUUACAGGGGAGAGGGGAAGGGAAGGGGAAAAUGAAAGAUCUAGAACAACAUGUUUACUUAAAUUAUACCUUUAGAUGUGAGAUAACGUUUGGAUUUGUACCUACUUUGCUGUAUGAAGAACAAAAUCUAAAGCAGAACAAAAAAGUCCAAUCCUUCAUGAUAUGCAAUUAACUCUUCCAGUGUACUGUCCCUGCUUUCUAACGUGUAGUCUGUAAAUAUGAAGGUAAAGGAAGGAUGUUGCAAAGUAGGAGACUCUGUUAAGCGAGAGUAGAAGAAAACCUGAACAGGACUGCAUUUUUGGAGAGUGGAAUAGGCACUAAUAGAAAUCUGCUAACUGCCAGUAUCACUCCUGAGCUUUGGCUGCGCCUUCUGCCUUUUAAUGGGUCUUGCAAAAUUCAGGAGACUAAGAGAAACCACAAGGUCUUCAAGCUAUUGGCCAAAAUAAAGAGCAUUUCCUAAUUAACAUAAGCCCACACUAAAAUACUAGAUACUAAACCCCAGAGUUAAGAACUUUAGAAACCUUGAUUCACCGUUAAGAUGCAAGUUUUACAAAAGUUCUUCCCCUGUCCUUAUAGAAAAAUACAUCAAUAAAAUCUGAAAGAGCUCUGAACUGG